AAUGGCUCAGUCAACACCUCGGGUUCCUUCUCUGUCUUCUUUCACCUCCCGGUGUCUUAUAAAUGGUCAUUUUCGUGUGUAAGGGUUCAACGAGCUGUCGGAUAGCAAUGAAGCUCUGUCCGUAUCAUUCGACACUUUCGCUGCCCCGGAUGCCAAUGUGUUCUCGCGAGAAAAUUUCUAGCCAAUCAAAUGGCGCCGCUGUCAUCGCGGGCAGUUACGUAAACACGAAGCGAUGAAAGUCAAUGCGUGAAUGUUUACAAGUUCGUUUGGGGUGGCAAAUAUUCUGCAUCUUUGAUACAAUUUCACCAAACUUCUCCAGUCAGCAUCGAAGAGUCUCGCAUUUAUUACUACGAAAGUGCAAGACUAAGUUUGUACUUGGACGAGCAAAGCCAGAAAUUAGCCUACAGAUCUUUCUGCAAAAGCCAAGGAGUCACAAUUACAAAUAUCCUUAUUUUGUAAAUAUAAAACUCUGCAGCUCAUCAAAAAUGGACAAAGAGGGCAGUAAAAAGACCACAAGAAUUAAAAAUCAGAAAAGAAAGAGUGAACUUGAUUCUUCAGAAAGCACAAAGAAAUCUCGAUCAGAGAGCUUGCCAGGGUCCAAGCCACUUGAUGAUGUUGAUUUUGUCCAGCAAAUUGCACAAUGCAGAACAGCUGCAUGUGAAUCAAUAGAAGCAUUCAAAUUCAACAAAAAGAGGGUCAGGGUCCUAUCAGAGGCUAAAGAUUGUCCAGAUGAAGGGAAAGGAGUCUUGUACUGGAUGUCUAGAGAUCAACGUGUUCAGGACAACUGGGCAUUCCUCUAUGCACAGCGUUUAGCUCUCAAGUUGAAACUUCCUCUCUAUGUCUGCUUUUGCCUGGUGCCAAAUUUCCGUGAGGCCACCAUUCGUCAGUUUGGCUUUAUGCUGAAAGGUCUGGCUGAAGUAGAAAAGGAAUGUAGGAAUCUGGAUAUUUCUUUUUAUCUCUUGAUGGGCAAAGCCAAGGAUGUCCUCCCAGAGUUCAUAAAGAAUCAUCACAUAGGUGGAGUGGUAACAGACUUCUCUCCUCUGAGAAUUCCAUCUGCAUGGGUCACAGAGCUAAGUGCUUUGUUGCCAAAGGAUGUUCCAUUUUGUCAGGUGGAUGCCCACAACAUUGUGCCCUGCUGGGUGGCUUCCCCAAAACUGGAAUACAGUGCCCGCACUAUUCGCAGCAAGAUACACAAAGUCCUAAAUGAGUACCUUACAGAGUUUCCUCCCCUCAUAAAGCAUCCUCACAAGUCUCCAACAAUGCCUAAGUCUGUAAACUGGGAGAAAGCUGCAGAGUUCCUCGAGGUAGAUCGCACUGUAAAGGAAGUAGAUUGGGCUCAGCCUGGUACCACUGGAGCAUAUCAUACCUUGGCAACCUUCUGCAACAAACGUCUAAAGUUUUAUGAGAGUGACCGCAAUGACCCCAAUAAGGAAGCAUUAAGUGAUCUGUCACCUUGGUUUCACUUUGGUCAGAUUUCACCUCAGCGGUGUGUUUUAGCUGUCAGAGGGUUCAGGUCACGUGCUAAAGAGAGCGUGGAUGCUUUUAUUGAAGAAUCAGUGAUCCGUCGAGAACUUACAGACAACUUUUGUUUUUACAAUGAAAACUAUGACUCAAUCAAAGGAGCUGCUAAGUGGGCACAAGACACACUGGAAGCUCAUCGCAAUGACAAACGUGCAUACGUCUACAACAGGCAGCAGCUUGAACAAGCCAAAACCCAUGACAACCUGUGGAAUGCUGCUCAGAUUCAGUUGCUCAAAGAAGGAAAAAUGCAUGGGUUUCUAAGAAUGUAUUGGGCCAAAAAGAUCUUGGAAUGGACUCCAUCACCUGAAGAAGCACUCAAAGAAGCCAUUUAUCUAAAUGACAGAUACAGCAUUGAUGGAAGAGACCCCAAUGGAUAUGUUGGCUGUAUGUGGUCUAUCUGUGGAAUUCAUGAUCAAGGCUGGAAAGAACGCCCAAUCUUUGGGAAGAUCCGGUAUAUGAACUAUGAAGGCUGCAAACGUAAAUUUGAUGUUGCAUCAUUUGUGAAAAAAUACAGCAAACUCUAACUUUUGUUUUGGUGACAGCAUCUGUAUCCUAUAUGGAGAAAAAUCUCCAGAGAACUGUGCAGCCCUUUCUUACAAGUUUGUCCAGAUUUCUGUGAAUGUGUAUCCAAAAACUACAAUCGUGUACAUAUAUUAGACAUACAUGAGACAUUAUCUACAUUAGACAUGUAGACAGGCAGACCAUUAAUAUCUGUAAGGCAGCAGUUAUAAAAAUGAAUGAAAAUUCUUCUUUGCAAACUUGAUAGUAAUCGCUUUAUUGAAAGAGUAGAGGCCAGUAACGUUUGCACUCCUUACUAUUGUAAUGUUGUGGUUGAAUGAUCUAGUUUUUUGUUUUUCUCUUCACAAAGUUCUAGCUUUGAGUUAAAAAGUUGUUGACAGUUAAGUAUUAGUUUUGUUUUAUACAUAUUUUUGCUUGUUAUCAAACCUUUUACUGCACCUUUCGCUGCUUUAUUUUUCCUGGUUUAAACUGUGCUUGUUUUCUUUCUAUAUUGACCAUUCUGUUAUUUUGAUGUUUUAACUUUUUGUUCAUUUUGAUGUACGUUUGUAUUAACACUAGUUGCUUUGUGAUGUUUGGUAUGAUGUAAAAUACAAAUUUUACAAGUACACAUAUUAAAAAGAUAUGUGGUGGGUCAAAGUGAAUUCUUUCUUUAAAUUUUUUUCAAUAUGCAUUGUAUAAUGACAUGCAUAUUGUAAACUAUAGUGGUUUUUAGCCAGCUGUAAGUAUC